UUGCACAGAUAAUAAUUUCAGGGGUUAUAUGGACCAGUUUAUCUAGUUUUAGGGUGGAGAUGUGUUGCUGGGUAAGGCAGGGCUGCUGCAACAUAUAUAAGGAACCUGUUUCCUUUGAGAAUCCAUCUCUUGGGUCUGGUCACAGGUGUCUGCAUUAGAUUGGUUUGCCGGAGACAAUCUUACAAUGAAUUCACCACUUCUUGAGUGUUCAAAAACUAUUUCAGACGUGUUCAACAAGUACAGCAAAGAUGGCAAACUAAAUAAAGACCAGAUUAAGCAGCUGUUAAAUGAUCAUUUUGGGGCUUUGAUAAAGAACCCAGUGAACCCAGAGGUGACGAAGGAGAUCCUUGCCAGAAUAAAGGCUAAAGAAGAAGAGGGAGCAACUUUUGAAGUGUUUAUGGGUGUUCUCUGCUAUGUCUUUAUUGAGUAUCAUAAGGGAAACAUUGGAAUAAAGAAAGAAUGAGCACAGACCUCCUCCCGGUGCGUCAUUAGUUUAGAAUUGUCAAUAACAAGUAAAUAACUAUAUGAUGUUUUAUUGAGGCCGAUGUAAAGCUCCGUGCAUGCGCUAACAACAAAUAAACAUGUAACAAGCUCA